AUAUAAAAAGUGCAUAAUAAAAAUAUCUCACGCGAUAUAUCAGUCAGUCAUAUAUUUAAAAUUUUUUUGACGACACGUAUGUAAUACGUCCCACAAAAAUAAUGAACAAAUUAUUUAUACUUACGGCGAGUGCUAUACUGGUGUUAGGUCUGGUGUCGGGCCUACGUGUGCCCACACAGUCACGUGACCAACCGAUUAGCUAUGAUAUUACGGCCGACGAUGAGGGGGAGGAGGGGGACGAAGGGCUACCCUCAGUAUCCGGUGAUUUUGGCAAAAUCGAUGAUAAUAAUAAUAAUCAAGGUGACCAUCAUGAUGAGCAAGAUCAAUUUGACGAUAACUGGGACGACGAGUCAGACGAUGAUCUAGAUAGUCAACCCAUGAAUAAAUUGGCCAAGUCGUGUUUUUCAAAAAUAUUGGGGCCCUCGAUUAAGUGUAUUGCUAAAAGUAUGACUAAGUGGCAAGUAACAGCUGCAGAGAUACGCCUGGUACAUAAUACUCGGCCCGUGUGUUGCUUUAUUUGGCAAAUGACCGGCUGCAUGACCAGCAAUAGCAAGGAUCAUUGCACUAAAGAUGAACGCUUGGCUUUCCUGAUGCACAUGAGUCUAGAGACCGAACGCCGAAACUUAAAAAACUGUACACAAUAUCCCUAUCACAGCAACGAUUGCGCCGCCGGUCCGGCGCCCCCUGGGCUUCAAAACGCCGGCAACUAUUACAGCGACGUUAUGUAUAGGCGUAACCAUAGACUGGCCAACGAUAACGAGCUUAAACCUGACCUCAAAGAGUCUGACCUACCGGCCGACGAGCCGGCACAAGAGCCCCGGGUUGUGGUCGAGGAGGACCCGGACGACGAUGACGAGGGCCAGGAGCGAGAGACUGACCACGAGGUUGAAGUGGUGGAAAUUGAUGAUGGUAAAGACCAGACCGAUGCCCUUGAUGAAUUAGCAUUGACCCAGAGGUUAUUGGACAGAGUGGAUAGGAUUACAGUAAAUCAGUAUAUUAUUGAUUUGCAUCCGGUUGGUAGAAAGCAUGGCGGUCACCAUAAACACCACGGUCACAAGCAUCACCAUGAUAAUUCGCGUAACGCCGUUUAUAAACAUGAGAAACAUCAACCAUCAAUGAUUAUCGAAAAGGUCAAUGAUGAUGAUUUAGACGAGCCAAUGCAAAUUAUG